AUGAUGGAUUUUGAUGAGCGUGUUCCUUGUUCCUCUAACAUGUAUUUGCCAAGUUGUACUUACUACGUCUCGGGUCCUGAUUUUUCCAGCCUCCCUUCUUUUUUGCCCCAAACCCCGUCUUCUCGCCCUAUGACAUACUCCUACUCCUCCAACCUACCCCAGGUCCAACCUGUGAGAGAAGUUACCUUCAGGGAAUAUGCCAUUGAUCCCUCCAGUAAAUGGCACCCCAGGAACAAUCUGCCCCACUGCUACUCCGCAGAGGAGAUCAUGCACAGAGACUGCCUGCCUGCCACCAACACUGCUAGCAUGGGCGAGAUGUUCGGCAAAAACACAGCUAACGUCUACCACCCCAGCACCAACGUCUCCUCCAAUUUCUAUAGCACGGUGGGCAGGAACGGGGUCCUGCCCCAGGCUUUUGACCAAUUUUUCGAGACGGCUUAUGGCACGGCGGAAAACCUGGCAUCGGCGGACUACCCGGUAGACAAGAGUGGCGAGAAGGCGCCCGCGGCCGCCGGGGCGGCGGCGGCGGCAACUUCAAGUUCGGAGGGCGGCUGCGGCAGGGCGGCGGCGACGGCGGCGGAGAAGGAGAGGAGGAGGCGGCCGGAGAGCAGCAGCAGCCCCGAGUCGUCUUCCGGCAACAAUGAGGAGAAAUCCGGCAGUUCCAGUGGACAACGUACGCGUAAAAAGAGAUGCCCAUACACCAAAUACCAGAUUAGAGAGUUAGAAAGGGAAUUCUUCUUCAGUGUCUACAUAAACAAAGAGAAACGCCUCCAGCUCUCCCGAAUGCUCAAUCUGACCGAUCGUCAAGUCAAAAUAUGGUUUCAGAACAGAAGAAUGAAAGAAAAAAAAAUUAACAGAGACCGAUUACAAUAUUACUCAGCUAAUCCACUACUUUAA